GCAGCCGUGACGUCAGGGCGACAACGGCAGCAGAGAGAGCAAAGAUGGCGGCGGUGACCAGAGGCUCCUUCACUGCGCUCAGACGACUGCUGAGUCAGCAGUACCGCCGCCGAUGUUUCCGGCUGCAGAACGUCAGACCCGACAGAACUCUGCAACCAGUGGCGAGCUUCAGAUGGGACCGAAACCUCCAGAUGUUCAGCAGCAGGACGCUGCACACUGCUGCUGUGAGUCGAGGACCGAUCGUCCAGUUCAAGCUGUCCGACAUCGGAGAGGGGAUCAUGGAGGUGACAGUGAAGGAGUGGUACGUGAAGGAGGGCGAUAAAGUUUCCCAGUUCGACAGCAUCUGUGAGGUCCAGAGCGACAAGGCGUCCGUCACCAUCACCAGCCGCUACGACGGAGUCAUCAAGAAACUCUACUACGACGUGGACGCCACCGCCAUCGUGGGGAAACCGCUGGUGGACAUCGAGACAGAGUCUAAAUCAGAGGUGAUCCAGGAGGAGGACGUGGUGGAGACGCCCGCCAUGGCCCGGGAGGAACACACCCACCAAGACAUCAAAGGUCACAAGACUCAGGCCACGCCCGCUGUGAGGCGCCUCGCCAUGGAGAACAACAUUAAGCUCAGCGAGGUGGUGGGGACCGGUAGAGACGGACGGAUCCUGAAGGAGGACAUCCUGAACUUCCUGGCGAGGCAGACGGGAGCCAUCUUACCUCCGGCCCCGUUCCAGGAGAUCCGGCCCCCGCCUCCUGCCCCGACCGCCGCCGCUGCUGCUGCUGCUGCCAGGCCCGUGAGCGCCGCGGCAGCCAUCAAACCUCCACCAGCAACACCCAAACCGGUCUUCACCGGCAAGGACGUCACAGAGCCGCUCAAAGGUUUCCACAAAGCGAUGGUGAGGACGAUGACGGCGGCGCUGAAGAUUCCUCACUUCGGUUACUGUGACGAGGUGGACCUGAGCCGCCUGGUGUCCCUCAGGGCCGAGCUGCGGCCCAUCGCUGAAGGACGCGGCGUCAAACUGAGCUUCAUGCCGUUCUUCAUCAAGGCCGCCUCCCUCGGACUCCUCCACUUCCCCAUCCUCAACUCCUCGCUGGACGAAGGCGUCCAGAACAUCACGUACAAGGCGUCUCAUAAUAUCGGCCUGGCGAUGGACACCCUGCAGGGUCUUCUGGUUCCCAACGUGAAGAACGUUCAGCUGCUCAGCGUGUUCGAGAUCGCUCAGGAACUGAACCGCCUGCAGACGCUCGGCGCCGCCGGCCAGCUGGGAACCAACGAGCUCACCGGAGGAACCUUCACCCUGUCCAACAUCGGAUCAAUCGGAGGGACGUACGCCAAACCGGUCAUUCUUCCUCCUGAAGUCGCCAUCGGAGCACUCGGAAAAAUCCAGGUUCUUCCUCGGUUCGACGCCAACGGUCAGGUCGUCCCCGCUCACAUCAUGAAGGUCAGCUGGUCGGCGGAUCACCGCCUCAUCGACGGCGCCACCAUGUGCCGGUUCUCCAACCUGUGGAGGGAGUACCUGGAGAACCCGGCCAGCAUGGUGCUGGACCUGAAAUAAACCCAGAGAGGAACAUUUUCCCAUCAGCCCCGGGGAGCACGCCGCCACCGCCGCCGCCACUCCUCCUCCUGACGCCUUCGCUUCCUCUUCCUGUUCGAGGCCUUCGCGUUCACUCACUGUUUCCUGUUGCCUUCUGAGCGGGACGCCGCGAGGGGGAGGGGUCAGCCUGUCAAUCAUGACCACUAACACACACACACACACACACACACACGCACACACACAGCGUGGAGGUUAAAGUCUGAACCUCAAACUGCAGAUUUCAAUAAAAACAUUCAGUUUGUUUUUAAUGUUUCAGUCGGUUAAUUACAGAUUAUUACCUGCUGAGCUUCCUAACUGGUUUUAAACUCAAACUGGACUAUUUAUCAAUAAUUAGCUGCUCUGAGAUCAGUUUGUAGUUUUUAAAACUGGAACAUUAAAAACAGCAGAAUGCUCCUUUAGUCUCAGCUAUCAUGUGACCAAACGAAGCAGCUUCCUGUUUCUCAAACGUCUCAAACUGAAUCAAAUAUUUAAAUAUUUAUCUCAACGAUUAUCUCUAUAAAUCAAUAUUUAACCCCGACUGACGGACUAGUAGACAACAAUUAUUCAUAACUCUCUAAUACCGUGAUGUCACUCCUGUGGUGGGCGGAGUCAGCGUGUGUCAAGUGACUAAAUGAUUUCAUCAGCGGGACCAAACAUGAUUUGAGAUGUUUGAUAAAUAUGAGCAGCAGGUUGAAUUCACGACGUCAUGAUUCUGAUUCUCUGAUAUGAAAUCAGCAGGUUAUUGUCUCCGUUAAUAACUGAAUAGUUACUACUACUAAUAAUAAUGACACUAAUGAAAUAAUACUGUGAGGAAGACUUCAUGAAAAGUUUGUAUGAUUUCUGAUGAAAAAUCCGCACAUAAUGUUCAGUCAGCUGAUGAAUCGAUAUGAGGUCAAAAUGAAUUUUCUGUCAUUGAUUUAAUAAAAGUUCCAAGCUGCAGCAAGUUUAAACACACAGUGAAAAUAUUUGUAUGAUAUUAAAUCUAGUGAAUCUGUGAUAUUUUUGGAUAUCAUGACGAGAAGGAGCUCCAAAGUUUAAAUGUAAGCAACCGAAAAACUGACGGUUCUGUGUGUUUGAGUCUCCUCUUCACACAGUAAUAAACAUAUCAAAAAUCAGAACAAAAAAUGAUUGUUUUGAAUCGGUUGAAGAACGUGGCGUCAUAUAAGUCAUGGAAAAAAUGAUUAGACCACCCUUGUUUUCUUUAAUUUCUUGUUCAUUUUACUGGCUAAUACAACUAAAGGUCCAUUUAUUUGAACAAAUAUAAUGAUAACAACAAAAAUAACUCAUAAGAGUUUAAUUUAAGAGCUGAUAUCUGAUAUCUGGACAUUUUCCAUGUUUUUUUGAUAAUAACCGCUAUUUUUGUAGUUAUCAUUAUAUUUGUCAAAACAAAUGUACCUUUAGUUGCACCAGGCAUUAAAAUGAACAAGAAAUUAAAGAAAAAGGGUGCUCUAAUAAUUUUUUCCAGAAAUAAAAAGGACGGUUUACUUCAAAAACAGAACCAGAACCAGCAUGUUCUGUGAUUUGGCGCCACCUGGUGGACACAGAUUAACUGUGCACGUGUUGUACCCCGAAGAUAUGACGUCAUGUGACUCCUCCUUCUGUUCUUCUUGCACAGACCCGAGGAGAGUGGUGUUAAGCUGAAGCUGUUCUAGGAAAGAGGUUUUGGUUUUAUUAACAGCCUGUUUGUCUCAUUUCGUACAGACUUUUUUUUUCUGUUUUGUGGUUCAGACCCCUUUUUGUUCUCCUGAUCUGGUCUUCUUCCUCUUCACCGGAUCAGAACCGGUUCGUGUGCCUGGUGUGUCCCGUCUGUCUUCAAGUGUUUGUGAUGGAAACGUGACGGCUGUAAAUAACUCGUGUACUGAAGACUGUUACAGAACCCUGUAGAACCUCUGUAGGAGCCCGGACUGAUCCAGGAUCAGCUGUCGGACCCGUCACUCCUCUCUCCUGGUGGCUGCUGGGUAAAAAAAAGCACACGGUGUUGGUUGGAUGUUACUUUUCCUGCUUUGUGUUUCUGUUUUUAGCGACAGACUAAAUGUAAAGGUGUAAAGAGAAAAAAAAGAAAUGUGAGGGAUUUUUUUGUAUUUUUUGGGGGACUGUGUAGAUCUGAAAAUAUUAAAAUCAUAAACUUAUGAACGUUUGGACCUGGUGAAGAACUUUAAAUAAAGUUGAAGUGCAAAAACCUGAGAAA